UUGUGGGAGUCCGCUAGACGUAACAACUUUCAAUGGGAAAUUUUUCAAACAAAAAUUUGAUACUUCUAUGGGUUCACCUCUAUUUUCGAUCAUUGCUAAUUUGAUGAUGGAGGGCUUAGAAGUGAAGGCAUUGGAGACAAGAAUUUCUAUUCCGUUUUAUUUUAGGUUGUUAUAAAACUUAUAAAUCGAUGUUCACCUUGGGGGCGUUUGGCAUAUCAAUAUAGCGUCAAAUUUCACAAACUGUUUGAUAAUUAAUUUGAUACUAUAAUGAACAGAAUUAGUUCAAUCGGAGACGUUGAUUUGAAACAAUCAAUAUGAGAAUAUUCAACGUGUUCGGAUUCUUCGGUAUCCUUUGCAUCAGUUACGAUCAAUCUUAUGCUUUUGCUUUGUCGAUCAAUUUAAUAAAUAACGUGAAUACAUGGAAAUGCAAGAAAUUGGAACAGUCUUCACCAUUAAUGCGCCUUAAAAAUCAUCUCUUUUGCGAUUAUGAUAAUACUGUUCAUCCGAAUUAUCCUAAAACAACUAAUGUCACUAUGCAUUUAAUGCCAAAGUUAAUAAAUUUCCAAGGAGAAGGUAAACUAUCUUUGCACAGCUGGAUGUCACUUGCUUGGAUGGACUCACAACUUACUUGGACACCGAGCGAUUAUGACGGGAUUACUUUUAUUCAUAUGAAAAGCUGGCGAAUCUGGAUGCCCAGUCUAUACGUCAAUGAUUCCGGUGAAAUGUCGAGUGACCAAUAUAAGCUACCUGUAACAGAAUGCUUGCUCUUUAACUCGGGCUCUGUAAGUUGCGUACCUGCGGUGAAAUUUAUUUCCAAAUGUAAUCCCGAUUAUACUUAUUGGCCUUAUGAUAAACAUCAAUGUCGCGUCACAUUUCUUUUGUGGAUGCAUACAGGAGAAGAAGUCGAUUUGUUGAUAGAUGGAAAUGGGAUUUCUAUGAGCGACUACACAAAUGAUACGAAGUGGGAUUUCAAAUUCACAAGUUCGAUGAGGGAAGCCACAAAAUUUAAAUGCUGUCCGAACGAUACAUUCCCAAGGAUCAAUUAUAAUUUCUUAUUGACGCGCCAUCAUGGCAAACAUUACUUGACUGUUAUUGUACCGGCUAUCGCUUUAAUGCUACUCACUUUAAUAGUACUCUGCCUCGAUUUAAAAUCCGUUGAACGAAUGAUGGUGGCAAGUGCAAAUUUUAUUUGUCAUUUGCUCUGUAUAUUUUUUUUAUUUUGGAUUCUACCAUUCAAUCGUGUUAAUCCCCCAAAUAUAUUAUUAUUUUAUCGGGAAUCCUUAGCGUUGGCAACAUUCGUGAUGAUACUGACGGCGAUGUUACGCAAACUGGAAAAUAUGAGCACACAGACCCCAAAUUGGAUCUUGUUCACUACGACAUUUGUUUUAAGCAACAAGGUUGGACGUUUUUUGAUUCUCAAAAACAACAAAAUUGCAGACAAAGAUGUAGAGACUGAAGGAAGUUCAGAAUCUGAAAUAAGCCUAAAAGAAUCGUCCUGGAAAUAUUUUGCUACUAUUAUUGACUGGUUAUUUUUCUUUUGUUUGAUUUUUAUUUAUAUAAUUAUUUUGAUUAUUUUACUACCUUAUUAA